CAUUGUAUGAUCUGAUCCAAGUCCAGCCUGAGCCACAGACAAGUAUGCACAAGGAGGUGCGGUUGGCGCGCUCUCUUGAUUCUUAGGAACGAUUUUUCCUGCAGUUGUACGAGUAGAAAGCAGAUGACGAAUUUAAUUGACAAAGCUACUAACGUUCGGGUGAGCUCUGUGCUCAACAGAGACGUUAGUAACUUCGGCAAGAAUCACCUUACUGAUGGUCGCCCAGACACCUGUUGGAACUCUGACCAGGGAACGCCUCAGUGGAUAUGUUUAGAUUUUUCAGCUCCUGCUGCGCCUUCUGAAAUUCAUCUUCAGUUUCAAGGCGGAUUUGCUGGAAAAGAAGUGCGCGUCGAAACUGCCAGUUCCUCCGGCGUAGCAGCCUGUUGCGAUGUAUUCCCAGAAGAUAGCAAUGCGUUAUUUAAGCAAAAGUUUUCAUUGGAGCUGGACACCCCAGUGGAGAGGAUGCGGAUAGUUUUUUGCUCAAGCACAGACAUGUUUGGCCGAAUUGUACUGUAUCAUCUGGCUGUUUAUGGGAAAAAAUGCAAUUGCGACAGCAACCCGCGGGACUAAUUGGGGAUAAUAAAUUAACAAUACUUUAAAUCAACA